AAUACAUCACCAUCCAGAACUAUGGCUUCGGUACUCCAUUUUUUCUUCUGCACAAAAAAAAUGUUCGGAAACAAGUUCUUGGUGCGAGCCCACCUCCCUUCACCAUCAUUCCAUCCAUUUCGCCUCCUCCAAUUAUCAGUCUCCGAUUCCUCCUCCUCAAUCGAGAUCGAAACGCUCUGCUGGAAACUCUCACGGCGAUGGCGCCUCGCCUGCUUUCAUCCGUCGCCGUCCUCCGUCUUCAUCAUCUACCAAAGAUGUCAGAAUGAAGAGGCAGCCAGAGUUGUAGAGGAGCUUGCCAAAAGCAUGGCCAUCUGCAAGCUCGGGGAGGAAGAAGAGGUGAGAUCUGCAAUCUUGAUCGCCAGGGCAGUCGAAUGUUGGUUUAGAUCAUUAAUGAUGGAGAAGAGCUGGAGAUGCAUUGGAGAGAGUACAUUUGUGGACUCUACUUUUGCUGUUGACGAAGAAAAAAAAUAUUUCCAUGCGCUUAAUGCGAGAGUGCAAUCAGAAAUAGAUGGCAUUGUUUUCAUUGUUUCGCCUGAUGUAAUUUGGUUUAUCAGGGAUAAGAUCACAGAUUUAGUUUCUUCCUGGACUUUGCAAAGUUUCCAUGAUGGCAAUGUAGCACUUGUGGAGAAAGAUAGACACUUUACUGCUUGUGUUACUCUUCCUUCUCUUCACAGUGGACACAUCUUAGGACUGAGCUUACUGAACCCUGUUGGAGAGAAAUUCAAACUUUUGGAAGAACUUUGGAAGUUUAAGCAUGGUCUAUCUUUAUUGAGUGACUACUAUGUCAAUGUCCACUUCAGCUAUGGAGGCCAAGAAAGCAAGACAUGGUUACCCUCAGCUUUUGUUCUUCGAGGUUCAGGGUUGUGUCCGCCUCCACAGACAGUUAGAUAUUCAAUGGCACUAAAUGCUUUGAACUCUUUUAUUAAUACCAUAGGAUGCUUGGAUUUCUUUAGUCAAGGUCCGCUGAAAGUGAAGCAAGUUUCUUCACUUGAAAGUCCUAUGAUGCAACCUGUCUGGAAAGCUGUUGGAACUUCUUGUAAUGAGAAUAAAAACAUAACUGAUGAAUGCAUCACAUCCCAGAACCUUCAUUUGACAUUAGAUUUUCGUGCCCAAAAACCAGCUCCUUCGUUUACUUCAGCUAAUAGAAUGUUGGGUUAUGAUAAAAAUGCUGCUGCUGUAUGGACAAGCGAUGAAAUAACAAAAAAUACAAGUCUUCUUAUCCCAAAAUCUUUCAAUGAAGUUGUGCAUGUAGCAACAAAACCUCCUCUCUGUCAAUCUCAAAUUUAUCAAAGAGCAAAAGGUGAUGGAACUCUAAACAUUUAG